AGGGGGCGCCGCGGGCGGGCGAUGUGAGCGCGGCGCGUGGCCCAGAUUACGCCCCAUGUCAGUAGAAAUGGACAGCAGCAGUUUCAUUCAGUUCGAUGUGCCCGAGCACAGCAGCACCGUUCUGAGCCAACUAAAUGAGCUCCGCCUGCAAGGGAAGCUAUGUGACAUCAUCGUCCACAUUCAGGGUCAGCCAUUCCGAGCCCACAAAGCCGUCCUCGCUGCCAGCUCCCCAUACUUUCGGGACCAUUCAGCAUUGAGCACUAUGAGUGGCUUGUCGAUAUCUGUGAUUAAGAACCCCAGUGUGUUUGAGCAGUUGCUCUCCUUCUGUUACACUGGAAGAAUGUCCUUGCAGCUGAAGGAUGUUGUCAGUUUUCUGACCGCAGCCAGCUUUCUUCAGAUGCAGUGUGUCAUUGACAAGUGCACGCAGAUCCUGGAGAGCAUCCACUCAAAGAUCAGCGUGGGAGAUGUUGACUCUGUCACCAUUGGUGCUGAAGAGAAUCCCGAAAGCCAGAAUGGGGUGAAAGAUGGCAGCUUCUUUGCCAGUCCUGUUGAGAUCUCCCCUCCAUAUUGCUCUCAGGUACGGCAGCCUCCAGUAAGCAGCGAUCUCCGGAUGGAGACAACCCCCAACAAAGCCCUUAGAAGCCGCUUACAGGAAGAGGGGCACUCAGAUCGGGGGAGCAGUGGCAGCGUGUCUGAGUAUGAGAUUCAGAUUGAAGGGGACCACGAGCAAGGGGACUUGUUGGUCAGGGAGAGCCAGAUCACUGAGGUGAAAGUGAAGAUGGAAAAGUCUGACCGACCCAGUUGUUCCGACAGCUCUUCCUUGGGUGAUGACGGCUACCACACAGAGAUGGUUGAUGGGGAACAAGUUAUGGCUGUGAACGUGGGUGCCUAUGGCUCUGUGCUCCAGCACACGUAUCCCUACUUCCAGGCAGCCUCACAGCCUUCCAGCGGGCCAGAAGCUUUUGGAGGUCAGAGUAAUUCCAGUCCAUCCAGGUCCAUGCUGAGCUGCUUCCGAGGCCGGGGUGCCCGCCAGAAGCGGGCUAUGUCUGUUCACCUGCACAGUGACCCGCAGGGUGUGGUGCAGGGGUCUGACAGUGAAGCCAUGACGAACAAUCCCAGUUAUGAGAGCAGUCCCCGGGAGAGGGGUGCCAGGGGCUACUGGUACCCAUACAACGAGAGGCUGAUCUGUAUUUACUGCGGGAAGUCCUUUAACCAGAAGGGAAGCCUCGACAGGCACAUGCGACUGCACAUGGGGAUCACCCCCUUUGUGUGCAAGUUCUGUGGGAAGAAGUACACACGCAAGGACCAGCUGGAGUACCACAUCCGGGGCCACACCGACGACAAACCAUUCCGCUGUGAGGUCUGCGGGAAAUGCUUUCCGUUCCAGGGCACCCUCAACCAGCACCUGCGCAAAAACCACCCAGGGGUCACCGAGGUCAGGAGUCGCAUGGAGUCGCCCGAAAGAACAGAUGUGUACAUGGAACAGAAACUCGAAAGCGACGUGUCAGCCUCAGAGAUGGCUCUGGAUUCCCGAAUGGAAAUCCACACAGUAGCUGAUGCGCCUGACUGAGGUGCCGGAGAAGGGGCGCCCGCGCAAAGCACACGGGCGAUGCAUAGUUGAGAUUUGCUUUGUUGUAAUCUUUGGAUCCCCCACCAUCUGGAAAUCUCUUGGAUUCUUGUAGUCUCUCUGAGGGUUCCAGGUGUGGCACCUCCUGUGGUUACUCCCCUCUCCUCUCCUCCCCUCUCCCCUCCCCCAGGGAGCUCAAAGCAUGAAGGGCAGCAUAUCCAGGGAAACACAGGCUGACAGUAUUCCUCUUGGGCUGAACGCCUCUCCCAACUCUGCCAGUGAUUCAGCCAUGCCAACCGGUUGACCCCAUGUUCUCUGCCCAGAGGCAAACACUCUUUCACUGUGGGUGUUAGCCCCAGCGCGUUUUCAUGGAGAGAGGCUGGAUGCCGUCAGCUGAUAGAAAUGGGUAACCUUUUCAUAUUUAAAACUUCUUUUAGGGGGUAGUUAGACAAUUUAUAUAUAUAUAUAAUAAAGUGGUUAUUAUAUAUAGUAUAUAUAAUUCUCAAAUUUGGGUUUAUUCUGGUUGAGGUGAAUGUAAGGAAUAUAUAAUUUAAUACAAUGUGAGCAGAGCUCUGACUGUUUCAGCCCUGCCUACUAUGUUAGUUUCCACCCGCGUUUCCCUUACAGAAGAACGUCAGUAGACUUUCACGUAUAGUAAUCAUUGUGUCCAAAUGCAAGCAAAGCAAAUCACAGUGUUCGUAGCUCUGCUUCAUAACAAACACAUAAGCCAAAUGCCAUAAAACUCCUUCAACUGUAGUGGGAACCAUUUGGAACUUUUGUCCGUUGUCCAGGUGUGCUGGACAACCUGUGGUGCUGACCUUUCUACACAGAGUAGUGUUAUACUAGCCAACCCCAAAGGAGCAGUGGUUUUCAAGGGUUACUACAAAUCUACCUUCAUUCCGUACUGUAGAAGCAUACAUACCAGGUAACUAAAUCAAAUUGCUCCUCCGUGAGUUAGUACUCUUACUAAAGGACAGGAAUUUGUGUAGCACUUGCCUCCAGAAUUCUCCAGGUCGUGUUGUGGUUUGUUGUUUUGUUUCCUUUUGGGUUUUUCUCUCUCUCCUCAAACAGCCAGUUCAGGUGCACAACAACUUUUUCUAUGCAGUUCCCAGGGAAACUGCAGAACUUGGAAUUUGUACUUUUUGUAAAGCUAUCCUCUACGGGAAUUGCAAGCAAUAUAUCUAUCUUAGUAUUGUAUGUGCUAAUGAGAGCCUCAGUGGCUCCUAUACUCAGUGUUUCCUGCUUAAAGAAAAAAAGUCAAACCCUCAAAGAUCCUCAGUGUGUCACCAAAUUUGUGUGUAUGUCUCACCAUUUUUGGUCACGUGGUGCUAUUUUUUAUGUUAAGUAUCUUUUAGGUCAGUAUCAUCUAGAAAAUGUGAAACCUACCAGUAGUAAUGACUUAGUUCCUUUCCUCUCAAGUUCACAGCUUGAAAAGAAACCUCAAAAGCGUGUGCUGGCAAACGGGUUACUGUCUGAGUGGUGUCUGGUCAGUGCUUUGGAAAAUGUCUGUUUGCUGUUAGGUUCAUAUACGCCAACAGGCUUCACAGAUGGCUCUGGUGCUGUGGACUCAGGCAGAGAGGGCGAUUUCGUAGGCAGUUUACAGGCCAGGUUUGCAGCUGACGGCAGAGACAGCAGUACUCUAGUCUGCCUGAGUACUGGGCUCUGAAACUCAGACAAACAACCAACCCAGAAACUGAGGACCACCUCAGAGGCUAGGAGCUAAGAAAUACAGAAAUAGAUGUUUGCUGGUUUGCCAUGCUUUUUUGGCUCUUAAAAUACCAAGAAUGAUGGGUUUGGGGGGAGGUAUUUUUGUUUUGUUUAGUUGGUGGGGUUUUUUUUUGUUUUGUUUUGUUUUGUUUUUGGCUGGAGUGGUUGA